AUGGCGCUAACCAAGUGGUUGUCCGCCCGGCCGCCCGGGGGCGCCCGAGGACGAAGGGGGCGUUGCGGCACCGCCCGACGUCGCGCCCUCGGCGGCUGCGCAGACGCACGUCAAAGCCGGGCUCAGGCCGGGAGCGGGGAGCGGCGCGGCCUGGGAGAGUGUGAGCCUCCGGGAGCCGGGCGAAGGCGCUGCGGGGCCCGGCAGCAGAGCCGCAGCCGGAGAGAGCGAGCGAGAGCAGCAGUGCGGCGGCCGCCGCGGGAGCCCCUGGGCCGCCGUCCGCUCGCGCAGCCGCCGCUGCCGCCGCGGGAUCCUGUCGCCGGGAGCAGGAGCGGGCGGAAGACAACGGAGGGGCCGAGCGCCCGAGCCGCGCCGCGGGGACCGAGCGAGCAGCCCGAGGCGGCGGCGGCCGAGGACGGGGACGGCGACGACGCGGAGGCGGAGAGGGAGCCGCCCGGCCCAGCCCCGUCUUCCAAGGAUUCUGAAAAGAGUUAUUGCAAGACUAGGUGGCAGAUGAUAGACUGUGGUGAUGAAAUUAAGUAUGACCUGAAGUUUCUGAAAUGAGAGGUUCUAAUCAGCAUCACUGAGGCAGACCAAGUCAGUAUUAAAGAAGCAUAAAGAUUCUGUACUUGUGUAUGAGGAAUGAGGUAAAAAGAAUAAAUAAUUACUAACAUGGCACAUAAUAUGUUACCUGCUGGUAUAAAGUUUAAGACCGCUAUAUAUAUUUACCUCAUUUACUCCUUUAAUAAUAUUAUUUUCAUUCCCAUAUUUUCAGUUGAGUAAACAGAUAAAAAGAAACUAAGUAAUUGGUCUGAAAUCAUACACCUAGAAAGGGGCCCUAAAUUUGAAACCCUGGUCCCAGAGGGUGCACUUGUAUCCCACCGUACUCUGUUG